GUUAUUAUCAGCUGUUCUGUCAAUUUUGUUAGAAGCAGCUCUGCCAGAGAGUCUCUGCUUUGAAGUUUGAGCUGUUUUUAUAUGGAUUUGGAUUCAUGAUUUCAUGGAUUUUAACUCAUACAAUCAUGGAGUAAUUGAUCAUGAAUUCAUCCAUUGAAUGAUGAGGUGGAAAUUUCAUUGAUGAAAUUUUAUGUUAUUCUUAUAAUUUGAAAUUUAUUUUCAUUCCAGAUAUGUUUCAAAACCUGGAUGUCAAGCAGAUUUUCUUUUAUAGAGUCAACAAUGAAACCGUUACUGUUGAGAAUUGUGAAAAAACGAAACCAAGAAUCAAUUGGAAGAAUCCUCGCGCACCUCCAAAUCAAGCGUACCUGCCCACCUAUAUAGAACAGAUAGCAAAUGUGAUAACGCAUGCAAUCUGGGUUUUACCCAGUGUUAUUGCCACUAGGGAACUCUUCCAAAGAUCUCAAAGCGAAGCUCAGAGCUUGUCAGCUCUAAUUUAUGGAUCUACACUCAUCUUCCUUUUUGUCGUGUCUACCUCAUUCCAUUAUGUGUUCUUCUAUAAGAAAGAUAGAUAUUUAGUAAAUUUUCUGCAUCGAUGUGACAGAGCAGUUAUCUACAUUUUCAUAGCAGGCUCAUAUUUUCCGUGGUUGACUAUCCAUGCUUUGAAAACUAAUUUGGCUUCCGGAAUGAAAAUGUAUGUAUGGAUACUGGCUUUAUUAGGAAUUAUCUACCAACAAGUCUUCCACGAAAAGUACAAAACCCUUGAAAUCGUAUUAUAUUUAGCAAUGGGAGUUGUACCGGCGACAGCUAUUUGUAUGGCGGAGACUCUUCCAGCCAUUGAAGAAUUAACUCUUGGCGGUGUGCUGUAUAUCACAGGAGUAAUUUUUUUCAAAUGUGAUGGUAUUAUACCUUUUGCUCAUGCUAUUUGGCAUAUGUUUGUCGCCUUUGCAGCGAUGACACAUUAUUAUGCAAUUUUGAUUUAUCUCUUCCCUAUAAAAGAGAAUCUAGAUAUCGAAGUUUUAUAAAAUGAUGAUUUUUUUAUUUUGAUGACAGUAAUAGAGUACAAAAUUCGAUCUUCCUGUUGAAAUCAGAAUAAAUUAUCUGUAUAUAAAUAUAAUAAAUAAUAUUGUUAUUGCUCUACAAAUAUCAAUAUAAA